GAAAAAUGUUCGUUUGUACAGAUCGCCAUUUAUUCAAGUUCAUGUGUGUGCUCCUGAUUUUCAUCGUAUGUGCUUCUGGAGAUUACGAUACGAGGGAAAGUGAAUCUCUGAGUGAAAAUGGUGGCGAAAGAACACCACAAGACGGAAAUGACAAUUGUAUUGGCAACAACUGUGUAAAGAGAACCAUUAACAGCUCGCCUGGGGCAAUGUGGUUCGGGCCGAGAUUAGGCCGACGUCGCAGGUCCGGCCGCAAAACGAAAGUGAACAAUAAGGAAGUUGAAAAUAUCGCCGAAGCCAUUAAUACAUCACCAUGGGCCUUCGUUUCCAUUCCUGGUGAAAAAAGACAGUCAACCCAGUUUACGCCACGAUUAGGUCGAGAAUUGGUUGAGGAACUGCUCUAUGGUGAACUUGAAGAUAUUUCGAACCAGGUCGAAAAUCAGGACAUGGACGAUGAAGUACGACUCCGACGAUUUUUUACAUCCCGCCUUGGUCGUCAGGCUCUAUUCCUCCCGCCGCCGAGACUUGGUAGACAAUUGCAAAAGAUUUUGGCGAGAAUUUAGAAUCCAAAUUGUUUUUGAGAUUUAAGACUUUGAAUGCAAAGUAAUCUGAACGCUUCACUUCAAUUGAUUUCGAUUUAUUUCAUACAUUCUUUGAUAAGCUAACAAAUUUUGCCCACAAGUCCUUAAUUUCAAGAUUAUUUCCUGCCUAUAUUAUUUUCUUCGUUUAUGGA